CGCCUACUUACGUUGGUUAUAAAGCUCUGCCCGUGGGGGUUCUACUGCCAGUUCUCGCCGGGACCCAAGCGACCUAGGCAUGUCGUCGUGCAAGUCGGCUGUGGUUUUGGGUUACUGGGAUAUUCGCGGGCUGGCUCAUGCCAUCCGCAUGCUCCUGGAGUUCACGGAUACAUCUUAUGAAGAGAAACGUUACACGUGCGGGGAAGCUCCUGACUAUGAUAAAAGCCAGUGGCUGGAUGUGAAAUUCAAACUAGACCUGGACUUUCCUAACCUGCCCUAUCUCAUGGAUGGAAAGAACAAGAUCACCCAGAGCAAUGCCAUCUUGCGCUACAUUGCUCGCAAGCACAAUAUGUGUGGUGACACUGAAGAAGAAAAGAUUCGAGUGGACAUCAUGGAGAACCAAAUAAUGGAUUUUCGCAUGCAACUGGCACGAAUCUGCUACAGCCCUGACCAUGAAAAACUGAAGCCUUCAUACUUGGAACAGCUUCCUGGACAACUGAAACAAUUCUCCUUGUUCCUGGGGAAAUACUCAUGGUUUGCAGGGGAAAAGCUCACCUUUGUGGAUUUCCUCACCUAUGAUGUCUUAGAUCAGAACCGUAUCUUUGAGCCCAGGUGCCUGGAUGAAUUUCCAAAUCUGAAGGCUUUCAUGUGUCGUUUUGAGGCUUUGGAAAAAAUAGCUGCCUACAUGCAGUCUGACCGCUUCCUCAAGAUGCCCAUCAACAACAAGAUGGCCCAGUGGGGCAACAAGAGAAUAUGCUGAGCAGGAGGCCGACUUGCACUGCUUGUUUUUGUUCCAUCCUGUCCCUAGGGGACCUGUACUCUCUCCUCUGCUCUUUUCAAUAAAUAGCACUUAGGCUA